AUGAAAUUUGAAUAUGCCCCAGACGAAGUUUCCCAGAAAGUUGUCGAGGUGCUAAAGCGGUUUUGCUUGCAUUCGAGCAAAGAUGGCCAUCAGAAAGACGUCGGAAGGGUGUUCGAAUCCGUGCCUGAGAAGCUGAAGAUCAAUAUCACCGCGAACCAGCCAAUCACCAUGGUCUUACCUGCAUUUCCAUGGAAGAGCCCGAACCAGAACAAAGUGCUAGGGGAUGGAACCGAUCUAGGAGAAGAAAUCGGCCUGGCGAAGUUGAAUCACCUCUGCGAGGAUAUCUCGAAAGUCUACCCUUAUGGCGCGCGACUAAUCCUCAUUUGUGAUGGACCAGUAUAUAAUGACUUGGUCGGCGUUCCCGACGACGAAUAUUACGACUAUGGCAUUGAGCUGCGCAAAAUAGCCCAAGAGAACCAUUUUCUUCCAUCCAGUGAUGGCGAGAAAAUCUCGAAGGCAGAUUAUUUGCGUCUGGUUCCCACCUGCAGGGAGAAACUGAUGUCACCCACAUACUUCGAUCCGAGAUUUGACAUUGACCAUGAAUUGGAGACAAACCCAGAUACCAAGACAACAUACGAGAGCUAUCUUGGUCGCAUCUCAGAGGAUCUAAGAUGGGCCAAAGGAUUUGACCCUCUUGUCGCGGCCGACCCGGCGCUCUACGCGGCUGAGGUGUCGAAGAUGGCGAAGACUAUGAUCAACCGGCUCAUUGCGUAUGAAGCCGUAAUUAACGCGACACUCGGAAAAUACAUCCGUCUCUCUAUUCACCCUUCAUUAGGGCGAAACAAGAUCUCUAUUCCCCUGCUGCGGCAGGGUGAACUGUUUGGUGACAUGCCGUGGCAUGCAAGUGUGGUGGUACUGUCAAAUGGGGAGAUUAAGACCGGAAGAUCUCAAGAAUUUCGCAAAUCAUACGAGGUCGUUAUGAGGCAUGGCCGGCCGUAUUACUUCAGGGAGCGGAGCCCAACAUAUGAAUGGGAGGCAGAGGUGGAAUUCCAACAUGAUUACGAUGGGUUAAUUGUGAAGAACCCCUGUCAGAGGGUUCAGACGCUUGGUAGAGAUGAUCGCUUGAAGCUGGCUCGCUUGAUUGUGCAGUAUCAGACCAAGUCCGUUCGGGUGGAGGGCUUCGAUGUGCCAAAUGACGCAUGA